UCUGCGGUCUAGAGAUGCAUUAGUCCAAGAUCUUGUAGACAAAGUGGCUCGAGAUCAGGAUACUAUUGUGCACGUCUUUACUGCCGUUGAGAGGAUGGUAUGGUUGUGGGAUAUUCUUAAUGGUAACCUUCAAGGACUAGACGAGAAGACAGGAGGAGGCAUAUUGGAGAUUAAAAGAAGUAAAUCUGAAGAUGAUAUGAGGAAGAUGUAUUCUGAAUUUGCUGCAAAGCUAAUGGAUUAUGAACUCCUAUCUGAACCUGAAUUUAUAGAUGCAAGAAAUCCUGGUGCAGAGUAUGCUGAUACUCAUUCUCUCAAACUUGAGAUGGAAGCUGCUCUUCAUUUUAUUAACAAAUCCAAAUCUAAGGGUGUCGUGCACAACAUCUUACACAAGAUUGAAGCCAUCGAACAAAAUCAUGAACGAGAGCAGCGAAAUGCUGAAGAACAAGAAAGACCGUUUGAUAUUUCAAUAUCCAAGAUGCACAUUGUCAACCAAAUUAAUUGUUUAGAGGAGUUGCCUGUUGGCGAGAUACAUCGAGAAUGUCAAGAGGUUUUGCAAAGUCUUGAUCCCAAGCUUGUGAACUCGAUCUAUGGAGCGCAUGACAUGAUCGAU